CUCUACUUCCACUCCUCCUUCAACCGCUUCGACUGUGGGGUGAUCGUGGGCAGUAUCUUCGAGGUGGUGUGGGGAUUCUUCCGGCCCGGGAUGUCGUUCGGGAUCAGCGUGCUCCGGGCACUUCGCUUGCUCCGGAUCUUCAAGAUCACCAAAUACUGGGCGUCUCUCCGGAACCUGGUGGUGUCACUGAUGAGCUCCAUGAAGUCCAUCAUCAGCCUGCUGUUCCUGCUCUUCCUCUUCGUGGUAGUGUUCGCCCUGCUGGGCAUGCAGCUCUUCGGAGGCAGGUUCAUCUUUGAGGAUUACACUCCCACCAACUUUGACACGUUUCCAGCUUCCAUCAUGACAGUGUUUCAGAUCCUGACGGGCGAGGACUGGAACGAGGUGAUGUACAAUGGGAUCCGAUCCCAGGGGGGCGUGCAGUACGGGAUGUGGUCCUCCAUCUACUUCAUCGUGCUGACUCUGUUUGGAAACUACACACUGCUCAACGUGUUCUUGGCCAUCGCCGUUGACAACCUGGCUAAUGCACAGGAGCUAACCAAGGAUGAGGAGGAGGAGGAGGCGUUCUUCAACAGAAGAUACGCUCGGAGCGGAGAGGGCUUGUUGUCUGAGUAAGUCGUCUGCGAGCAUCUUGAUCCACGGACUGACGGCCGUUCACACAAGCAGUCCAGUGACUAACACUUUUUGUGAUACUAACAAAUUAAAAUCACCCCCUGGGAAGACGGACAAACGAUUUGAAUGUUGAAUAUUCGCCGCAGAUUGACCAAACAAAUGGAUAUGAUUCUCUUGGUCUGCGUGGGUGGAUGCUGACACCGUGGCGAUAAAAAGUGUUGUUGAUCUUCACCAGGAUUUGAGCGAUGAACAGGGUUUCCAAUCUAGCAGCUUUCAACAUAGUGAUAGAGAUCAUUCCACAGAGGUGUGUGUGUGUGUGUGUGUGUGUGUGUGUGUGUGUGUGUGUGUGUGUGUGUGUGUGUGUGUGUGUGUGUGUGUGUGUGUGUGUGUGUGUGUGUGUGUGUGUGUGUGUGUGUGUGAGAGAGAGUGUGUGGGUGGAUGGGUGGGUGUUACAUUUAAUGCAACAGUUGGAAAUGUUCCACAGAAUCUUUAGUAACAUGGCAAAUUGAACACAUAAAAAGGGAAGAUGCUGUCAGACUAAGUUGGAAGUGAAUGCGGUUUUGUGCACGUUGCUUCAGCGGUAUUAGGACAACUCCUGAUCUAAUUGUGGAAGCCAAUCAUGUAGGGAUAGCAAAAUUGGGUCGGCAUCUUUGACGUGAUUUGCCAAAAGCUAAAUAGUUCACUUCACUGUUCCAAAAGUAAACCAGAGUGCAAAUGUCUCCUUAUCUUAGACCAAUGUAGGUAAACACGUCUUAAUGUGUCCCAGAAGGUAAACGUUAUAAAGCGCUUUUGUCUCUCAGGACCACACAGACUUUAUCGACUGUCAGGUUUUGCCACUACUUGUCUUAGAGUGUAAGUCCUUGAAGAUGAUUGCCCUUCAUCUAGUCACUGGAACCAUUACAUACUAAAGCAGUUUCUGCUAAUAGCGGAACCUAAAGUCAAAUCAAAUUGAAACUGUUUUACCAUGUCUCACAUUGUGUGAUUAUAAUGGUGGCCAUUAGCUUGAAAUGUUACCUUGACUCUGUAGCUUUUGACGCUAUUUCAUUUGUUUGUUACAUAUUUGAAUGUCCUGUUUGUGCCACAACCAUCAGCGAGCAUAUUCGGACCCGUUUUUGCAGUGUAUUUCUGCUUCAAUCAUCUUGUCUUGUUAUUCUAUGCCUGUUUAUGUGACACUGACCAAAAGGUUUAUAGUUGUAAAAUAUAGUCCUUGUUUAGUAAAUGGUAAAUGGUGGAGAUAUCAUUUGGGACUUCUAUUCACUGUUGCGUCUCAAUAGUUUAAGAUAUGCUGUGUUAAUACUCACACACCAGGAUGAAGAUUUGAGACAAUCAUUUCACGAUUUCAGUGACGUUAUAUUAGCUAGAUAUUGUGUUUCUCUCUUUCUCUCUUGGAAUAACGUACCAUUGACUAAGUUUAAAAAAAAAAAUAUCCUGUGGGGAUCUUUACAACCAAAGAAGUUAACUGGGGCUAACAAUACCCUCAGUUUGCUAGAUUAGACUUUACAAAUAUAUUUUUAAAAGAUGUAAUUGCAACUUAAUUGCAACAUUUACAAUUGCAACAUUUACAGUUGAAUCAACGUACACGUUAUGUAUUUUGGACAGUGUCACACCAAGUGUUCUGUGUAUGUGGGAAAACACUAAUGUCUUGUUUUCAAAAAAUCAUUCAUUGAUUCCAUGGACCACCACAGAGUCUGAACACCAGUAAGUAUCGCAGACUGCCUCUCCGUCACUCAGAAUUCCUCUCUUGAGUUUCCCUGAUGGAUUAAAAGUAAUCCCCUUGCUAGAUUUUCUCUAAUUUAUUCCUGCACUUUCCCCUUAUGUGCUUGUGGUUUUCGUUAUUUACUGCCCUACUGGUUUUCUUUGUGUUUGUGAAUGAACAUUCGAACAAAUUAUUUAUGCAUUUUUCUCAUUCGUUAAAUUAUUAUGCACCUCAUUAUAAUUUCUAUUCCUUUAAGUUAUUAAUGGAAAAUACAUAAUUCUGGAAACAAUGAUUUUGAUUGUUUGUCAGUCGUUGUUUUUUUUAAACGCUAUCCCAUAAUGCCAAGAGUGUGCGUGUCACCAACACUACACAGCGUUUGGCCCCUGGCCGGCCCCUAGUGACCCCUGUACGCUCCGCCUCUCAGGGGGAGGAGACGGCCCUACCUCUACAGGAAGAGGGCCAUCCACCGGGGGCGGCCCGCCUUCCCGGAGGAGC